AUGGAGCCACGCAUGGCCCGCCGAGAGGACCCCGAGGAUCGCCGACGUGAGCAGGUGCCAAACGCUGCUGAGAAUGCCACUCGGACGACCGAUCCGGACUAUCGAAUCCCCGAACCGAUACGGGAUAUGGAGGCACACGCGAUCCGCCGAGAGGACCCCGAGGAGCGCCAACGAGACAAGGAUCAUCGGCAGCAUCCAGAGGAACAUGUAAGGGAACACGAGAGAAACACUGAGGAGCACCUACAACGACGAAGGAAUCCGGAAGACAGGCAGCGAGAACGGGAAAGGGACGCCAAUAGCAGGAGAGCAACCAGAAAUCCCAUCGCAAGAUCACAGGAACAACGGAUGAACACAUCUCAACGGCGGGAAACACGAAAACAGCGGAGGAUUCGUUUGGAACAAAUUCGACAAAUGGCAGAGGAUCGGAUAAUAAACUUUAGGAUGGAUCCCCAAAAUCGAUUGGAUGCCUCCCAAAGACAGUCACAAAGGAAUAUGGACGCAAGAGCACAACUUUCGGAGGAUGAGAUGAAACAGGAACGAGCACAACAGCGUCACAGGAUUCGAUCAUCGGCGAGGUUCGCAGCCAGACUAGAUUGCACUUACGAGGACAAAACGUCCCUAAGAGUGCUACGGCAAAAUUUGGAAAUGGUUCGGCAAGGAGAUGCCGACCUUAUGGCAUACUAUGACGAGGUCGGGAGGAAACUCACGCUCUUCACCAACAAAAUAGUCAUGUCACACAAUUCGGACACGGCUACCAUCCUAAAUAAGGAGGUUAGCGAUGACGCCGCAUGA